GACCCAAAACACUCUUCAUCUUGUUCGCCUCUCUAUCUCUCGCCGAUUUCCCCUCUCCUCCGUGACUCCGUGAAUUUACUAUUCUACCCCUACCGAUUCUCCGGAGAGCCGAUUCGAUCUCGCCGGGAUCAAUUGGAUAUGGCGGAUUCGGACAACGAAUCGGGAGGAGGACACAGAGACGGUAGCAACGCCGGCGGGGAUUCGUCGGCGCGUGAGCAGGACAGGUUCCUCCCGAUCGCUAACGUGAGCAGGAUCAUGAAGAAGGCCUUGCCCGCGAACGCAAAGAUCUCGAAGGACGCGAAGGAGACGGUGCAGGAGUGCGUGUCGGAAUUCAUCAGCUUCAUCACCGGCGAAGCUUCAGACAAGUGUCAGAGAGAGAAGAGGAAGACGAUCAAUGGCGACGACCUUCUCUGGGCGAUGACGACGCUAGGGUUCGAGGAUUACGUGGAGCCACUGAAGGUCUACCUGCAGAAGUACAGAGAGGUCGAAGGAGAGAAGACGACCACCGGAAGACAAGGCGACAAAGAAGGCGGCGGAGGCGGAGGCGGAGGCGGUGGCGGGACGGGAACUUCCGGAGGCGGCGGCGGCGGAGGAGUUGGAUACAAUGGGGGAGCGACGACGGGAGGGGGGAUGUACGGAGGGAUGGUGAUGAUGGGACAUCAUCAUAAUCAAGGACACGUGUACGGUGGAGGAGGCCUUCAUCAUAAUCAUCAGAUGAGUGUCGGGAAAGAUGGGCCCGGCUCCGCGGGUGGUGCGGUUAGGUCAAGAUUGGAGAGAGAGAGCCUGACGUAUGCUGACGUGGCAAUCUGUUUCCCCGUGCUCCAUACAGGAUUUCGUUACCGUUACUAUUCACAUUCACCACCGACAAUAUUGGGGGGCCCAUACUCCAGAGUUUUCUCUUUUUCUUUUUCUUUUUAAAUUAUUUUUAAGUGUAUAUGUCAUAUUUAUUUUUAUGUUAUUCUCAGUUUAUCUGACAAAUAAAACUAUUUUCAAUUUC